AGGGAAGGAGAGGACAAGGAAGGGGAAAGGGGGUCCCCUAAAUCGCUGCUGCUCCGCGGCGGAGCUGGGGAGGGAAAAAACCGUGCCCCGAGGUGCCUGGGGGGGGGAGCCGGGCGUUGCAGCGAUACCCAGGGGGGAGCCGAGCUCCGGGCACCCCGGUCUCGGUGCCGGGGGGCUCGGGCAUCCCGCACGGCUCAGCCCGGCCCGGUUCGGCCCGGAUGGGCCCGGAGCCGCCCCUGGAUUUUGGGGUAGGGGGAUGAAAAGGGGUGUCCGGGCUGCGGGGCCGCUUUGGUGGCGGGAGCGGGGCGUCCCUCGGCUCCCUUCUCUCCCGUGGUGCUUCAGCGGAGCCGGUGUCCCUUUGUGCUAAUAGCCCCGUCCUCAUUUGCUGCCUAAUUGGCCUAUAUAAAGCCAAUAACGGGCGGGCGCUCGGAGCCUCCAGCCGCAGCAGCAACGUCGCAGGGGGGCCGGGGCCGCGGCGAGCUGCGGGCAGGCAGGGGCUGAGCGGAGCCUUCUCCUCCCGGCUGCCUCCCCGCCUAAUCCCAUUUGCCAUCGUGCGUGCCCAAUCGCCGUGUGCUCCCCGCGUUUAACUUGGAUGACAUUUUGAUUUCAUCAUUAGCAUCCGGCGCCAGGUUGACGCAGCAGCGAGCGGCGGCGGCGGCGGCGGCGGCGGCGGCGGCAGCGACGACCCCCGGCUCUCUCCGCCUGCCCGCAGCAGCCCCCCGGUGCCUGGGGCUGCCAGGGUCCCCCCGGCCCCCCGCCCUGCCGCCCCCUCAUGCGAGGGGCCCCCGGCCGGCCCCGCCGCCCCGCUCCCCCGCCGCUCCGCCUCGCCUCUCCCCCGCUCCGCCGGGAGCCGCCUCGGGCGGGCAGGAACCGGGCGGGCACCGGAGGAUGCCGGAGACCGGGCAGGAGCCGCCCAGCGCCCCGCCGCCCCCCAAGGAGUCGUUCUACAUCAAGAACCUGCUCAACGGAGACCCCCCGAAAGCGGCCCCCAAGCAACCGCGCCCGCUGUUCGCCCCGUCGGGCAAAGGGGCGGCGGAUGGAGCCGGCUUCGCCCUGUCGCAGGUGGGCGACCUCGCCUUCCCCCGCUUCGACAUCCCGGCUCCCCGCUUCGCCCUGAGCGCCCACUGCCUGGAGCGAGCCCAGACCUGGUGGUACCCCUACGCCCUCACCCCGGCCGGAGCCCACCUGCCCCGCACCGAAGCCGCCGAGAAAUCCCUCCUGAGGGACUCGUCCCCAGCCUCGGGCACCGACAGGGACUCCCCGGAGCCUCUGCUCAAGGCGGAUGCGGAGCACAAGGAGCUGGACUCCAAGAGCCCCGACGAGAUCGUGCUGGAGGAGAGCGACUCGGAGGAGGCCAAGAAGGAGCCGGGCGCGGAGGACUGGAAGAAACGGGAGGAGAGCCCGGAGAAGAAACCGUGCCGCAAGAAGAAAACCCGCACGGUGUUCAGCCGCAGCCAGGUCUUCCAGCUGGAGUCCACCUUCGACAUGAAGCGCUACCUGAGCAGCUCGGAGCGGGCCGGCCUGGCUGCCUCGCUGCACCUCACAGAGACCCAGGUGAAGAUCUGGUUCCAGAACCGGCGCAACAAGUGGAAGAGGCAGCUGGCGGCCGAGCUGGAGGCCGCCAACCUGAGCCACGCCGCGGCGCAGCGCAUCGUCCGCGUCCCCAUCCUCUACCACGAGAACUCGGGCGCCGAGGGCGGCUCGGCCGCCGCCAGCGCCCCCGGCACCCAGCCCCUGCUCACUUUCCCCCACCCCGUCUAUUAUUCCCACCCCGUGGUCACCUCCGUGCCCCUCCUGAGGCCCGUCUGAGCCCGCUGUGUCCCCCCCACCCCGGCCCCCGGCCCCCCGCGUAAGUAACUGCGGCGACGGCGCGGCCCCGACGGCGAGGGCCCGGUGAGGGGAAUGUGGGGGGGGGGGAGACGGAGGGGAAAAAGAACGGAAAAAGCGGCCGGGACCCCGGGGAGAGGUUGGGGGGGGAACGAAAAAGGGAGCUCGGAGAGCCCCCCGGGGCUGUCACGCCGUUUGGGAGCGUGGCCGAAAGCCGCGGUGGGCUCGGCGGCUUUAGGUUUAUUUUUGUAUCAAAAAAAAAAAAAAAAGGAAAAAAAAAAAAAA